GAGACCAUCUGGGGAAACUGAAAAAGAGGGAACAAGGGAAGGAGGAAGAGGAGUAAGGAGGGAGAGGUCCUCCGGGAAAAGCAGUGGCUCCGGGGAGAAGAGGGACUGCAGGCAUCCAAUGCCAGGUAUUAUCAAGGACAGCUGAGUGGGUACAGCCAAGCAGAGCAGCUUUUGUGGUCUCCACCAAACUCUCAAGAUGAUGAAAAGACAGUUUAAUCGAAUGCGCCAGCAGCUGUCCCAUCCCAACACCACCAUUAGAGCCCAAGAAGCAACUGAGCUCCUGUCAGAAGAUUUGCUGCAGAUUGAGCAGAGGAUUGAGCCGGCCAAGCGAGCAGCUCACAGUGUGUCCAAGAGGCUCCAAGCCUGCCUGCAGGGACAAUGUGGCUCCGAGAUGGACAAACGAGUGAAGAAGCUGCCCCUGAUGGCUCUGUCCACGGCAAUGGCUGAGAGCUUCAAGGAACUGGACACAGAGUCCAGCCUUGGGAAAGUCCUGGAGAUGGGUUGCUGCAUACAGAGCUCACUAGCCAAAAUCGUGGCUGAGUUUGAGAUUUCCCUGGAGCACUAUGUCCUGCAGCCACUCAACAAGCUCAGUGAGGAAGAGCUCCCCACCAUCCUGAAGCGCAAGAAGACCCUCCAGAAGUUGAUUUCUGACUGGAACGCAAUCAAGAGCCGGCUGAACCAAGCUGCCAAGAGUUCCAGUAACAGCACUGGAGCUGGUGCUGGCCCAGGGGCAUCUUCUGCUGCCAACAAACUGGAGAUCUUGAAGGAAGAAGAGGAGGAGGUAAAGAGGAAGGUGGAGCAGUGCAAGGAUGAGUACAUGGCUGACCUCUACCAUUUCUCCACCAAAGAGGACAUCUAUGCCAGCUACUUCACCAAACUAUUGGAAAUCCAAGCCCAGUACCACCGGCAGUCACUGGAAUCUCUGGACUCAGCUCUAGCAGAGCUGAGGGAAAGCCACAGACAGACAGAGCCUGCCUUCACGACAGAAACCCCAGUGGCAGGGUACUAUGGUGUGUCCCUAGAGACACACCUCAAGAACUUGGGCCGGGAGAUUGCGCUUCCCAUCGAAGCCUGCGUCAUGAUGCUCUUGGCUUCCGGCAUGAAGGAGGAGGGACUCUUCCGGCUGGCAGCGGGCGCCUCAGUGCUGAGGAAGCUGAAGAGCAGCUUGGCCAGCGGCUCCAAUGCCCUGGAGGAGUUUUAUUCAGACCCCCAUGCUGUGGCUGGUGCACUGAAAUCCUACCUGCGGGAGCUGCCCCAGCCUUUGAUGACCUUCGACCUCUACGAUGAAUGGGUCAAAGUGGCCAGCUUAAAGGACAUUGAUAGCCGCAUACAGAGCCUACGAGACACCUGCAGCCGCCUGCCCCAAGACAGCUACAACAAUCUGAGGUAUCUGAUCAAGUUUUUAGCCAAGCUGGCUGAACACCAGGAGGUGAAUAAAAUGACCCCCAGCAACAUUGCCAUUGUGCUGGGCCCAAACCUGCUGUGGUCGCAGCAGAGCACAGGAGACCCCUUGCAACUGGACUUGGCCUCGGUCUCCUCCAUCCAGGCUGUGGUGGAAGCCCUCAUCCAGAACGUGGACACUCUCUUCCCCGGAGAGGUAGAUUUCAAUGUCUCAGGCAUGUUCAUGCCACCCACAAACACCGGACUUUGCAAGGCUGCUCCAGUGGAAGAGCCAACUCCUAUGACCCCUCCAGCUAGCACCCCCACCCUUUUGGAUGGAGAGGCCACCUCCAGGGACCCUGAGGCCAGGUCCCAGCCAGCAUCCCCAGCACUGCCCAGGCCAUCUCCAGAAGCUGCAGGGCCACCAGCUCCGACGAUGACUGACAACACCACCCGCAAAGGCAAACGCCCAGCUCCAGCCCGACCCACAAUGCCACCACCUCCUGUGACGCAGCCCUGGAGCAUGGCUCCUGCCCAGGCAGCCAGCCCCAAAGCUCUGCCACGACGGAUGGCGCCCGGCCGAGCCCCCUCCAUCCCACCACCGCUCCCUCCGCAGCCAGCACCCCGCCACAGCCGAGAUGCCCCGCCAUCCCCCAAGCCUUCCACUGGUGAGGCUGACACAGCGAGUGCCAUGGACUGUGUGCCCGGAACCACAGAGCAGGGACAGCCGCUGCCUGCAGGAGGAAGCCCCCUGGCCACAUCCGCCCCAGAAGGUCACCCCACAGAGAAAUGAACAGAGUGAGGGGCAUGGGGAAAUCACAGGUCGAGGAGAUGGGAUCUGGAACC